ACAUAACGGCUUAAAUCCCAUCUCUGAGUGAUCUUGCCCUUACUCUAAUGACUUUGGCAGUAACCAAACUUGGUAACGUUAGCCUAGUGAUGCAGGUUCGACCUGACACAGUGUCUGGCACUUUCUCAAUAGUCAGUCAGACAGAAAGAACACUUCAAACUUUAAAGCACCAGUGAAUUUGCAUUAAGAAAAAACGAAUGAAGAUGGUGAUGAAUUUCAUAGAUGAAGAACACAACUAUUUAUUUGUGCUAAACAUUGCAACACACGCAUUUGCACUAGUUAAUUAUACCCGAUGCCUUCGCAGUUCAAUGAGUUCAGUAUUUUAUUGUUCACGUAGAUGUUUUGCUGUCUAGGAGACUUUAGAGAGUUUUUUCUGUCCUCCGCAGUCUCCCCGCGGUCUCCGCCCCCAGUCUGCCUGAAUGGGAACACCCAGAGCGGAAUCCCCUUGCAUCCAUCCCAAGCACAGCAGAGCCGGUUAAAGCAACGUCUAGAAGCGAUUUCUAUAAGGAAAAGCGGCGUAUUGCAGAUACAAUAUUUAAGUGCAAUGUCAUACCUGCCACAGGAUGUUGUCUCUAGAUCUGGAAACUGAUACGACUGCGGAGGACACAGCGCCAAGCACCCCGGAUGGUGGUGCGGAGACACCGGCCAGUCUCGAUGUACUGGAAGAGCAGCAUCCAGUAAAGCAGUCUUUGAGUGCCUCUAUGUGCCGUGAGACGUACUGGCGUUGCCUCCUCCUUUCCUUGCUCAUGUACUGCUGCCUGGGUGCCGUAGCUUGGUGUCAGCUCACUGAAGUCACAAAACUGAGCUUUGAUUCCUCCAGUAUGUUCCACGCUGCCUCCAUGAACUCUCUCAGAGGUCAUUCCAUGAAAUACAACGCCAGCCCUUGCUCUGAUGGGUAUGUGUACAUCCCUUUGGCUUUUCUGCUCAUGCUCUACGCCAUUUACCUCAUGGAAUGUUGGCAUUGCCGCUCCCGCAGCGAGCUCCAGUGCAAGGCCAACGUGGAAAGCGUGUACGAGAGGGUUCUGCGUAUGCGCCAGGCUCGACCGAGUGUCUGGUGGAAAGCCAUCAGUUAUCACUUUGUACGGCGGACUCGACAAGUAACACGUUACAGGAACGGAGACGCUUACACCACAAUGCAGGUUUACCAUGAGCGUGUUAACACGCAUGUGGCAGAAGGAGAAUUUGACUACAGUCGUUGCGGCAUGAGGGACGUUUCGCGGAACUUACGUGGGCUGGAGGGUCACGCAGUGACGCGGUUGCAUUUCACCAAGUGUUUCAGCUUCGCAGUAGCGGGACCCGAGAAUGCUUAUCUCAACCAGAGGGCCAGGUUCUUCUCUGAAAUCGAGGGUCUGGAUGACUACAUGGAAGCCCGUGAAGGCAUGCUCCUGAAGAACGUCGACUUCAAAGAGCACCUCAUCGCUUACGUAAAUCCUGAUCGACUGCCGUGGUACACUUCAUGGGUCGCGUUCUGGAUGGCCGCUCUGCUAAUGCUCUCCUGGCCACUUCGAGUGCUAAUCGAGUACCGUACUGCUUUCGUUCACUACCAAGUUGAGAAACUCUUCGGGUUAGAGUACAGCAACAACAGCCCAUCUCCAGAGGAUGUGGCUACUCUGAGAAACAGUCGCUACUGUCUACCGAGAGCAGAAACGGUGGACAGCACGGAGCUAGAAUGGCACAUUCGCUCAAACCGCCAGCUCAUACCGAGCUACUCAGAGGCCAUGCUGAUGAACCUAGGGGCCUCGGGGUCGGACCGCAGAAGCAGCAUUUCCUCCAACCGCCUCUUGUUGGACAGCUACCCAGCGCAGAGCUACGGAACGCUGGAGCAGAACUGCGAACACUGUCUCCGACACGAGAGCGGACAAAGACGGCCAACCAUUAGCUCCAGCUGUUCCUCCAUCUUCUCACGACACACAUUCCACUCCCAUUUGUCCCUGGACACCUCCCAUUUCUCCCUGUGUCGUAUGUAUGGUUCCAGGCGCACCGUGGGACUGUGGAGGAGCCGCAGCAGCACGCUUACUGAGCGCUGCUGCAUGGACGAGCAAUGCUGCAGGUCUAACACCAGUCAGCUGGCCCUCAACGACAGCCCACCCAAUUACCAGGAUGCUCGCUUUUUUCCGGUCCUUAUAGUACAUCGGCCCGAGGGUUGCGGGGACUCCUCGGAGGUGAGAAGGUAUUAUGUCCGCAGAGGCUCCUGUUGUGUGGAGACUUCACUUUAAUGCGGAUUUGAAUUUGACUUUCUAAAGAAAUACUUGCACUAUACAGAAGGUGAUUUUGGAAUCAAGUACUCUACAAUUGAUGAAGUGUACUUCUCAUUAACUUUGUUUUGCUGUUUGCUAAUAUAAAAUGUGUCUGAUUCAGCGCACAACUGAACAAUUCUUUGAAAUCAAAGGGCUAGUUUUACAAAUUUCAUUAGGAGACACCAGCCCUUAUAAUUUGCUUUACUAACAAUUGAUAAAAACUGUCUAAUAACACAUAUGCUGGCUUUAAAGGGGAACUCUGCCGAAAAAUGAAAAUUUUUUCAUGAAUUACUCACCCUCAAGUCGUUCUACAAGACUAGGACAUCCGUUCAUCUUCGUAACGCAAAUUUAGAUCGUUUUGUUGAGGUUCGCGAGCUUUCUGACUCCCGCCCAUAGACAGCAACACAACUGACUUUCAAGGCACAGAGUGUGUUACUUAGCUGUCCAUAGGCGGGAGUGAACAGAUGUCCUAGGCUUGUCAAACGACUUCAGGGUGAGUAUUCAAGGCAAAGUUUUCAUUUUUCGGCGGAGUUCCCCUUUAAUAAACACAUGUUAAAGAAAAUCCAACAAAAAACAUGUCUUAUGGGCAAAAACAUAAACUGCUUGCAGUAAACAUCGCUACUGUAUCAGUGUUACUGAAUGUGAGGCAACAAGAAAAAGGUUUGGACUGUAGCCUUCCUCAAAUAAUGCACUUAGUGGAGAAGGAUUUCAUUCAAAAUCAUAUUCUUGCUGCCAUUUUGCCUUUAUAUAACUCAAAUAUAGACUAAUUGUCAUGUUUUUUACUCCAUUGAAUAUUUCUCAGGGUUGGUUUAUUUUUGUAGGUCCAUUAAGGCACAUACAUUUUUGGCCACCAAAAACAACCAACAUUAUUGAACAUUAUUGCCUUUGAAACAUUAUUGAACAUUGCAUGCAUCUUUAUUGACAACAUGCCCCAAUAGCAUUUAAAAUGGAACCUCCCAUUAAUUAGCCUUAUUCAGGCUUUUCAGUUACAUAUUAAACAAUUCUAAAACAUAACAGCAAAAAUGCAAAAGAUAAUGUCCAAAAAUGUUAUAAUAUUGUUUUGGCUAACAAAUAUUGCAAAUGGUAGGCCUACUUCUUAAAAAACUCCAGCCUUCAUUGUAAUAGUUGACCUUUGCCUUAAUGUAUUCUAUUGUGGUUUUAUUGUUUGCACUUGCUUACUCAACAGCUAAAGUGGAAAUUAGUUAGUUUGGAGGACAGCAUUAUGCUCUGUUAUUGUAUGUGCCAACUAGCCCUGGUCUUUAUAUGAAUGUGAUAACAUAUGUUUGUUUAUAUGUUUUGAUUAUAAAAAUGUUUUCUUGAUUUGUCUGAUUGCAUGAUUUCUUGAUCGUGUGAUUGUUUAGCAUUAAUCUAUUUAUCAUUUUUUAUUUAACAAAACAUGUAAUUGCAGAAGAAAACACAAUUAUUUAAUGAAUGAAGGAGAGCGGGGUAUGACAAAAUUAGCUAAAUGUUCUUCAAUAUUUUUGUUAAUGCCAGAUUGUUUGAUUCUGGCUCAUUAAAUGAGCUUCAACAGUUUCCCUUUAAACUAAAUGUCAUGGCCUGAAAGUUAUGGUUUACUGAAAGGACGGAUACCUACCGCAGGCAAGAA